CAUGACGCGAUUGCCAUGGAAAAGGCGCAAAGUCCAUCAAUCAUGCCUACUUUCCCAUACUGCAUGCACCCAUCUACCAAUCGUGGGCUAGAUGUGGCUGCUAAAAUGGUCAUCCACCCCAGCACCAACCGCUGACACCCUAGCAAGGACACAUGUGAACGAGCCGGUUACAAGCUUUACACCAUUGCUGCUGCUGCUUGCGAGACAUGACGUACAGAUUUCGUAGCUCGUCACCGAAGGCAGCCGUCACUGCCCUCACCUGGGUAUAUAAUACCGCUCUCGCAACAACUUCUUCCAACCUUCAUCACACUCUAAACUCAAUCCAACUUUGACAAAGCACUUCCAAACCAACCCAACCCAACCCUCCAACCAACCGCAAUCAACAUGUCUGACAACCUUCGCAAGGGUCUCGGCGAGCAAGCCUCGGAGAAGAUCACUCCCGACAGCCAGAAGUCUACUCUCGACAAGGCCGGCGAGUCUGUCACUGGAGCCGGUGACCGUAUCGCUGGUGCCGUUCAGCCUGAGGGCAACAAGUCAACCGGACAGAAGGUCGGCGACAAGGCCCGCUCCGGCGGCGAUGAGGCAUCUGAGCAAGGCCAAGGCGUUCUCGGCUCCGUCCAGGAGGGUCUCGGCAACGCUGGCCAGGCCGUCACCGAUACCUUCAACUCGGCUACUGGCAACAAGAAGUAGGCGACUACUUUCGACAGAGGACGGGUCUUUGACAACACUGAGGAUGAACCACAGCUUCAUGUGUUAGGUGGAAUCUGACAAUUAGCGGAUACAAACUUACCUUUGCCUGUAUCACUAUACCCUAUGAACGAAUGAAAUGAGAUUCUGAACGCAAACUGCU